AUGGUAAGUUACGAUUCCAUGAGUCGGAACGCAGCGGAUGUUGACGAGGUAGAGAUUUUGGACAAUAUAGGUAUCUAUGGCACCUACUACACCGGUGAAUACGAAAUUUGCGAGGCCGCGCGGAAGGUCAAAACAGCAGAUGGGCACGUAGUGGAGCACCAAGAGGAGUGUCGUAAAGGCCUUAUGCACGCUGCUGUGGUAUUUCGAGGCAUGGUUUUUGACUCCUUCACGAAGUUGUUUUUGUUGCUCUGCUUAGAGCUGCCCGAAGGCAGUCGUUUGAACCUUUUUAACUCCUCCCGAUAUGGUACAAAUAGUUUCAAAAACGAUCGUCGUGUGUACAUGGGAUUUUCGGGCUUGGAAUCCACGGGAAGAAUUGACUCCUUCUACAUGUCGGGGUUGUCUGCCGUGAUGGGCCCUUUUACGUCGAGAGCUCCUUUGAAAGAAUACUGGCCCGCAGAAGCUUUAAAGCUGGACUAUUGGAACGAGUAUGCAGGGAAGGCUUCCGGUCCGGUAUGCUCGUUCAACACAUUUAUUCGCCAGCCCAUUCCACGCCUGAAUCAGGUUUCUUUGCGCCGUUUGGAUGAGAUUUACGUUGUAGGCAUCCGUCGCUUCCUGCUGAAGGACUUGGAGCACAUGGCAAAAUACGACAGUUCGACGUUCAACAUUUUCAACGCGCUCUAUGGUGAUCCCACGCCACCCACCUCCAGCGUAGCCGAGGACGUGUCCGAUUCGUCAACCACGCCGGUCUCCACGCACUCAUCAGGGGACGCGAGUAAAGUCGAAUCAGACCCUACGCUGUUUGACACCAUAAACGGAACGUUGAGGAGUACUGAUUGCGGUGUGACCAUUAAGUUUACCGGAAAGGAACGCGACAUGUCUUACAUGGACACCAUGGCGUACAAUUUUUCGACGGGAUUUAUAAUUAAAGUAGUGAUCGAGACGUACAUUCUGUUAAAGCAGGCGAAGAAGGUGGAUGAGGGCGCCCAGGGACAGACGAUGAGCAUCAUUGCCUUCACCAUGUAUUCGUACCAGGAUUGGCUUGAGAUUUUCAUGCUGAUAUUCCACCGCGGCGUGUUUUGGAAAAAUGUGACGAGUUUCUGUUUCAUGUUUCUCAUGAAGCUUUUUUUGGUGGGCGUCAUAGACCACACCUUCCUGGUACUAAUCUGGCGCGCCAACCAUGCAGCGCAGAUCCGUGAGGGCUGGGAGGCUACCCAGAAACGGUUCUCGCUGUUCUAUCGCUACUAUUUCAGCUUCCUCUUCCUGAAAUGUUUCUUGUGGUACUUCUACUACGUGGAAAGCCCAUGGAUCUUCGUUGUGACAUAUUUGUGUUGGGUGCCUCAGAUUCUUCUGGAUGCGUGGCGCGGGCACUGCACUCCUUUCAGCUUCUUAUCGAUCGUCGUGCUCUCGAUCUGCCGCAUGUACAUGCCCUAUUACGUGUUCAUGCUCAAGGAAAGCGCAUUCACGUACGACGUGUUUGCGCUGGACUCCGGACGCACGAACCGCACGGUCGGGGCGUACAUCAUGCUCGUGACGUUCCUCCAGUUGAUCCUCAUGUCUCUCCAGCGUCUCAACGGUGCUAGGUGCUUCGCUUCUUGGUCGAUUCUGCCGCAAAUAUACACGUACGUGCGGCCAUGGUCGCAGUUGAUGCAGGACGACCCUCAGGAGUGCGUGAUUUGCAUGUAUAGCAUCGUGCAUUCUAAACGGUGA